AUGGACUCUUUUUUAAUAUCCAUUUUAAAAGAAGAGAGAGGUGGAGAAGAGAUGCGAUUAAAACCAGAGAAGGAGAGAUGUGUGCACAUUCUUGUCUGUAUAUGUUAUGAUGAGGUUACAUGUUUGAUUCGUCUAUCAUUUGGCUUGUGGGAGUUGCUCAAUGUUGAAUAUCGGGAUAAAGGAGCAGAAGAUCUUUCAUUUCAUCAUUUAGAGAAUGAAACAAAGAAAUGGAUGCAAUACACAGCACUUGUUAUACGCUGUAUAUUGGUCUCUUUCAAUAAAGCAGAAGUGGAAAGUCACAACCGCUGCUUCGUACUGGUUAAAGAACGUAAAUGUCCCGUCAAAGAAGAACAGGAUAGAUACCCGCCAACAACACAAUUUAUUUCAAAUCUAUUUCAAAAUUGUGAUAUUGACAAAUUUAUUGAUUUUUCCUGCGCAUGCUUAGAUGACCCUUCCAAGUUUAAUGGUACUUGUAAAGGCUGUCCUUUUUCACGGUUGUCUUUAUCAAUUUCACCACAAUCUAAGAAUUCCACGAAUAUCUGUUCAUAUGUUUUCCCUGAUAGACAAAGACUGUAUAUUGAAUAUUCAUCAGAGCCCACUCUUGUAAAAGCUGCAUCUGCAAUGAUGUCAGAUAUGGAGAAUUACAAACGCUUGCUUAAAACUUUAUGUAACUCUGUUAAAAAUGGGAUAGUUGAUGCCGGUUUUCGUGACAACAUUAAUGACCUUGGAGCACCCAAAUCGGUCACUUAUAUAUAUCAGCAUGAUAAUUUAUUAAGAAGGGUAAUUUCGGCUAACAUCUAUGAUUUUGUAUCUCUGCUUGGAAUACCUUUGGCUGUCUUUAAGACUUUGAUCCAGAUAUUAUUAACUGGCCAUGAGAAUUUGAGCAAAAAGCAAAACCGAAAAGUGGCCCAAGAAGAUUUAACAAAUAGUACCUUUGACUUAGCUCGUCAAAAAAAUUACCAAUACCCCCAAAAUCCCACUCAAAGUUUACAAACUCGAUUACAAGCUGAAAAUCAAGCCAAUCAACAAAUCAAAAAUAAACUUGAUGCUAUUCCUUCUAAAUGA